UUUUUUUCUUUUCUUUUCUCUUUCCGUCCUUUCAUUAGAUACAGGUGCUUUCCUGGCCAAUUAUACAACCAAGAAGUUUUGAUCGCAAAACCUUAUGCCGCAAUCCGCAAACCAUCUUGCUGCUUAUCACCAGCAGCCAUCGACGUCGAAUGGCCACUCGACUGAGCCUAACACUCCAUGGGAUUCCGUUGAAGACCUUCCAGAGCCCGUCCUGCCAUGGAUGAAAUCCGAAUCUCGGCAAUCUCUUGGAGGUGCGUCGCGUAACUCAGUUGACACUGCCAGCCUUCACGUCGUAAAGAGAUAUGCGCCGGACCCGAAUAUCAAACGAAAACAGCGCUGGACUCCUCAUAAAUGGUGGCUUCUGUUCUCUAAUACUGCACUGUUCUGCUACGGACUUGGUAUCCUCGUACUGGCUCUCUUAACAUUCUUCAAAUUCUUCCUCAGAGCCGAUGUUUUGAUUGUAGGAGAGCGGAUUAUUUUGAAUUUGAUCACAGCUACGGGUGUAAUAUGCUUGUUUACUUCUUUACUUGGCUAUGUUGGAAUCAUGUUGAAUAACCGUGCAGUACUUACAUUCUACAAUCUCUUACUAUGGGUCUGCUUUGGUCUGAUUGCUGCAGUUGGCUACACGGCUUACCGAAAGAACAAGUGGAAUAUCGAGGGAAAACUAUCAUACCAAUGGCAUUACACUUUAGAUUCUGAUGGAAGAGCAAGAAUUCAGACCAAUUUGCAUUGCUGUGGUUACAAGAUGUUUUCUGACUUUCACGAACGAUCCAACAAAUGUUUCCCUCGUACACUUCUUCCUGGUUGCAAAUUCAAGUACCAAUCAUUCACCAAAGAUGCUUUGACUAUCUGCUACAUUGUUGCAUUUGCCAUGGUACCAGUUCAUCUAUUUGUACUUUUCUCAGGACUUUUGUGCUCCAACCACAUCAAUCGCAAAUUUGGCAAGGGUCUGCCUCCCAAGAUCUAUCGUUUGGACUACCAGGGUAUUGUUGCUGGUACCCCUACAGGAAGUUCGCUUAACGUUCAUACUGAAGGUCUUCAACAAAGACGUGCUUAACUUCUCAUUAGCUCUUUACAUAUUUAAGCACCCUUUUAAAAAAAGCAGUACACCACCAUCCCUUUCUCCCAUUUACGUUCAAACAUUCUUUCAAAUAAACAUCUUCUAUAAUCUUUGCAUAAUUUU